AUGAGUCACUACUCCAGCAGGGGUUCUUGCUGGGGUUGGGGUUCCAGCCCCUGCUGGGGCUGGGGUUCCAGCCCUGCUGGGGCUACAACUGGGAUUCCGGCUAGGGCUGGGGUUCCAUCUCCAGGGGUUCUUGCUGGGGCUGGGAUUCCAGCAGGGGAUUCCAGCAGGAGCUCCACUAUUCUUAGAACUCCUUUAGUGGAGGAUGUGGUAGUAGAUAGGAUGAUUUGGCAAGAGGAGAAAAAUGGUGAUUAUAGUGUGAAAUCGGGGUAUAGAUUAUGGCGAAGGAUGCAAAACAAUACUCGUCACUAUGGUAUUGAAGAAGAUGAAGAUGAAUGGCAUGUGUUUUUCGGGUGCUUUUCUACUAGUCAAAGUUGGCGGGCAACAGGUUUGUCAUCCUUAAUUGAACCCCGUUUAAAUACUUUCCAUGAUGCUAAAUCCCUUAUUUUGGAUGUUUGUAGUCGUGAGGACCGCAGGGAUGCGGGUAGAUUUGCGGUUUUGCUUGAGACUCUUUGGAGAAGUAGAAAUAACGUGGUGUGGCAGGAUACUCGUGAAGAUGCUAUGUGGAUUGGUUUACAAGCCUAUCACAAUUGGUACGAUUGGUUUAUAGAUAGAGAGAAGCAUGAGUCUACCGUUACUACUAAUAGUUCAGAGGGUUGGGUUCCGCCUACGGUUAAUCAAGUGAAGUGCAAUGUUGACGCAACUUUCAAUAAGGUAUGUGGUUCUACCAAUAGAGGUUGGUGCUUUAGGGACCACUUGGGGAGAUUUAUCACAGGAGGGGUGGCUUGGGAUGUGGGUUCUCUUUCCGUCAUUGAAGCUGAAGCCACCGCUUUGAAAGAAGCAAUUCAGAAUGCCAUCUCCCUUCAUUUAUCUCAUGUUAUUUUUGAAAGUGACUGUCAAAUUGUAACUAAAUCUAUUCAUACUACAACUGUAGGUAGCUCUGAAUUUAGCCUUAUUAUUAGAACUCAGAACUUGUUGCUUCUUUUUCCAAACUUUGAGGUAAAGUUCAUUAAACGCCAAGCGAAUUUGGUUGCCCAUACUUUAGCUAAGGCGGCCAAUUCUUGGUCUAGGCGUAGUUUCUUUAACAUG